AUGGCUGUUACGCACUGGUUCAUGAAACGUCUUUCUAGGUUUAGAAUCUUGCCAGAGUACAAAUCAAUAAUGUCCAACUACAGACCUCCAGUCAACCAUGACAUGCAAACCUUAGAUCGUUCUUUCUUCAAAAAGGAUAUCCCAUUAAUAGCUGCGAAAUUUUCCAAACCACAGUACUUGCCGAAAUUUAUGAAACUGUGCGCAGAUGAGAUCAUUAAUGUGCCCAAUAUCAAACACAUUGUUACUAUCAAUGACUCUAAAGCCAUCUUGUUGAAAGACUCCAUAACUAAACUUGAAGAUUGUUCCCCAGAGACUCAAGAAAAAUUUAAAGAAUUUGGCAUUGAGCUUGAGCCAUACACGCUCCAUCUCGACUAUUGGUUUUGGAAGAGCGAUGAGAUUUUGAAUGCAAUUAUACCAAAAGUAGGUAAUGAAGAUGUGCCUAGUGGAUUUACUGCUGCGGGACAUUUGGCGCAUUUGAAUCUCCGUGAUGAAUAUAAGAAAUAUGGGAAAAUCAUUGGUGAGGUUAUCCUUGAUAAAAACCCAGCAAUUAAAACUGUUGUCGAUAAGAAAAACACCAUCAAGAAUGAGUUUAGAACUUUCCCUAUUGAGUUAUUGGCAGGCGAAGAGAACUAUGUUGUUGAGCAAACGGAGAGCGGGUGUAAGUUUACAUUUGACUUUAGUAAAGUGUAUUGGAAUUCAAGAUUGGCAAGGGAACACGAACGGUUGAUUGAGAAAUUUGGGCCAGGUGAAGUUGUAGGGGAUGUCAUGGCUGGUGUGGGACCUUUUGCAGUACCCAGUGGGAAAAAGGGGACUAUUGUAUUAGCCAAUGAUUUGAACCCAGAGAGUUACAAAUACCUCCAACAGAAUAUCGAGCAAAACAAGGUGGAAUCUUUUGUCAAGGCAUAUAAUAUUGAUGGACGCAAAUUUAUUGAAGAUGCGGCACAAAUACUUAGUCAAUUUGCUCAGCGCCCUAUAGAGAAGCGGGUAACUAAACGUGUAAAGGACAAGUCUGGUCAUAAGAGCAUUAAACAGACAGAAACCAUCACUGUUCAAGUGCCCAAGUUCUACCACCAUUUUGUAAUGAAUUUACCUGACUCAGCAUUGACCUUCCUUGAUGCAUACAUUGGAUUAUACUCCAAAACACCAGAAAUCAAAGAUGAACCUGGUUUUAAAUUGCCGUGGAUCCACGUUCACUGCUUUGAAAAGUUUGAACCUCAAGAAGAGCCAACAGAUGAAGAGUUACAUCGUCGAAUAUGGGUUAAGAUCUGUAAGUUGGUAAACUACGAAUUGGAUAUGAGCAAGAUGGAAUUCCACGAAGUGAGGAUGGUAAGCCCUACAAAGCCAAUGUUUUGUGUAUCUUUCCAACUACCAGAAGAAGUCGCCUUUAGAAAUGUCUAA